UGAAGACGCUGAGACAGAAGCUAAAAUAACUGGAACGGAGAGAGACAGGGGGGAACCAUGGAAAAAACAACUGAGAGACAAACGCAAAGACAACAAAAGACAAACUGAAAAAAUAAAAUACAUUCAGGAAGAGUGUGACCACGAACAGGACUCAGCCGACCCACUACAGGACAAAUACAGAGGAGGACAGGACAACGAUGGACUAUGAACCAAAGAAAUCCAAGAAGGGUUUUGUCUCCCCCAUUAAGCGCCUGGUCUGGUCCAAAUCUGGUCGAAGGCCAGUCGAUCGAGGCAGCACUUACCGCCGCCCACUGCACACUGUCCCCCUCUAUCCCCCCGACUACGUCAUCCACCCUGAGAGACUCAUCUUCGACUACGUGGAGAAGGAGGUCAAGUUCCUUGGUCACCUGACCUGGGUGUCGGUUUCACUGAAUCCCUCCAGCCGAGACGAACUGCUACAACUACUGGAUACAGCCAGGCAGCUGAGGGUGCUGCCGUUGAAGACCAGCGUGGAUCAGGACUGUAUUCUGAGUCUGUCUGCCCGCUGUCUGCUGCUGACGUGGAGAGACAACGAGAAGCUGCUGAUGAGGAUUCCCACGCACGAGAUCGCCGCUGCCUCCUACCUGAGAGACGACGCGCUGCACCUGCUGGUCCUCAAGACAGGUCUGAACGUGGACACCGUGGUUGCCGGGGACGACAGCCUGGACAGGAAAAAGCCAACGGGCAUCGACGGGCGACGUCAAACCAUGAGCUGCAACGCCGACCCGCGACCUGCGGGGGGCACGAUGGAGCGACGGCACACCAUUUGCGGAGUCGACUGGAGGCCGUCGCUGUCCAGGAGUAACCACGACAAAAACCAGAACAUGGAAAGAGGAGGGGGAGGAGGUGGUGGAGGGGGAGGGGGAGAGAGAGGAGGAGGAGGGAGCUUGGAGAGGAAGAGAGUGGGAGGGAGCUGGGAGAGGAGGCAGCAAACACGUAAAACAGGGGGGAGCUGGGAGAAUCGCAGAGCAAGACCCAUGAGCGGGAGCUGGGGGGUGGGAGUAGGAGGAGGCGGUGCGGGUGGGAGCUGGGAGAGGAGGCACGGAGGAGGGGGAGGGGGUGGUGGAGGAGGGGGGAGCUGGGAGCGGAGAGGAGGAGGUGGUGGAGGAGGAGGAGGUGGUGGAGGAGGAGGAGGCAGCGGGGGGAGUUGGGAGCGGCGGCAAGCCUGCACAGGGAGCUGGGAACGGGGCAAGAGCUACGGCAGCUGGGAGAGGAGGAACCACAACCCGCUGGAGCCCACGCCCUGCCCCGACGCCUACUGCAACCUGGUCAUCCUGGCUGUGGAGAACCGGGAUGCUGCAGAGGAGUACUGUUCUCUGAUCUGCCAAAUGUUCCAGAUCAUCUACGGCCAUCAGACCAUCGAGUGUGUCGACAGGGCGGGGUUUCACCACUCCAUGCCGGACCGCUAUUGGCUGCAGAGGAGUGACAGCUGUCUGACUGACAUGUCCUACAGUUACGAUCCAGAGUUUAGCUGCUGCAGCUCAUGUGAUGGCUCCCAGGAUGCCUUUGAGCUCUACUACAGUGAGACGUACAGCGAGAGUUCAUCUCUCUCGCUGCAAGACUCCCAUCGCAGUCUGGCUUCAGCCAGUGAUGCGGGAGACAGUAACCCCGCCCUGCUGCUGAUGCAGGAGUACAUGAUCACGCUGCGUAACAAGCUGAGUCCGGUGGAGCUGCAGCAGUUUGCAGUGUUGCUGAGAGAAUACAGACUGGGAUCAAACAUCGACCACUUCUGCUCUGAGCUGUUGCAACUGUACGGAGACAACCGCAAGUUCCUGCUCCUGGGCAUGCGUCCAUUUAUCCCAGACAAAGACGUUGGAGUGUUUGAGAGUUUCCUGGAGAGCAUCGGGAUCCGAGAGGGCGGGAUUUUAACCGACAGCUUUGGACGCAUCAAGCGCAGCAUGAGCAACACAUCGGCUACGGCCAUGAGAGGGUACGACAACUGCUCUCGGGCCUCAGGAUCUCAGGAAUUCAACCGACGAAUCACCGACAUCACCCACGACAUCCAGGCGCUCGGCUUCCAGGACACGCACGGAGACAUCGAGGAAGAGGACUACUACCUCUGAGGGAGGGACGAAGAUGAGAAUGAUGGAGUUUUAUUCCCCAUUGGAUCCAGACAGCGUCUGGACUCUGGACCUGCCGAGUGCCUCUAAGCAAGACCAACAUGUCCGCAGCCCAUGUUCUCCCCACUGUUAGACAAAUGAACUGUAAAUUUAAAUUCUUAAUGCUGAUGUCUUAAAAUGCAAAUUCUGUCGUGUGCACAGACAGAAAAGCAGGCGAGACAAAAAGCAAAACUGCAGGUGAGUGUAAUAAAAGUAGAGGAAGAAAGUUAUUCCGUGGACGACCAAAGGUGACCUGUCAAUUAACCUGAUUAAAUAUGACUGCAGUUUCUUUUUCAGUGUAUCAUGCAUGUACAGCAAAACUAGAACUACGAUUAAACAAUGCAAAGUUUUAAUAUUUUAAUUUUAAUUUAUUUUUUUACAACACAUCAUUGCUACUAAAAUGAAAUCAGACCUUUACUGUCAAAUGUAUGUUCUAUGUAUUUCAAAUGAACCUGAGUGAAACCGAGUUUUUUUUCCUGUGGCUGUUAUUUUAGAGAGAAAUCAAUCAAAUGUCAUUUUGAUCAUUUUACCGAAUUAAAAACAUGAAGAUGGAAAACCAGACAUUUUCUAAAGGGGCCUGUAACAUAACGGAAAGCUUUGUUUUCUGUUGGAGGAAGAACGACUGUUUGGGUUCAUUGCAGGCAAACAGCCAUACCGUGGCCACUUCUUCUACCGCUUCUGGAGGUCAAAGGUCAUGAUUAAAGUUCAAACGUUGUGUCAACCAAUUAAAUCUCUGAAUAGCUCAUCGUUAAAAAAGAUAGGAAACGAAAACCAACACAUGUUUGAGGUGGGCAGUACAGAUACUGCACUUCAUUGCUGAAUAAAC